AUGGGCGGUUUGACGCACAUGAGUCGACCCGAAACCUUGCAAAUCGCUAUCUCAAGGUACAAGGAAACCGAUGAAGAUUCCCAUUUGAGAUGGCUCGUCGAGUUAGACGACGCCAUCAGGGCCCGUCACAUCGAGGAUGACGAGGUGCAAGUCACCUUCGCCCUGUCAAAUUUGACAGAACUAGCAAAGACUUGGGCCUUAGGGAUCAAGAUUCACGACCCAAAUGUGUUUGAGUCGUUAGAUUUCUUGAAGUAUCGGCUUAAAGAGACGUUUGAGCCGCCGAGAGCCGAGUCCAGAGCACGCUUUGCACUAUUGAGGCUAAAGCAAGCUAAGCGUGACGUGCACGCUUACGCACAACACGUGUGCUACCUUGCGAGUAGCUUUACGGAGAACCCUGUUGAUGAGCACACGCUCAUCAACGUGUUCAUCUACGGCCUUGUAGAUGGACUGGUAAAGACCUACAUGUUCCAAGAGGAAUUCCAUAGGCUAGAAAAGGCGAUAGUGUAUGCGUGA